AUGACGUCCACGUCUCCCACCUCCAAACCCACGCUCAACAUCGUCAUCAUCGGCGGAAGCUACGUUGGCUGCAAAGCGGCAGAACUCAUCGCCCAGCGCCUCCAGCCUUACAAACGUACACACGCCAACACCCACAUCCCGCACCGCAUCCUCCUCAUCGAGCAGAACUCCCAUUUCCAGCACCGCUUCGCGUUUCCGCGCUGUGCCGUCGUACCUGGGGACGAGCUCGGACUCACGGAUGCCAUCGGGGCCGCGAACGGAGCUGAGACCAGGAAAAUCGGGCUCGAGCAGUUUGCGUUCAUCCCAUACACGCGGAUGUUCGCGGCGCUCGAGUCUCCUGACACGUCUUCGUCAGAUGCGAAUGUGACGGCAGAUACCUCGGUCACCGUCGUCCACGCACGUGCGACCUCCAUUCUUCCAUCGUCUAUUGUGCUCGACCCGUCCUCGUCUCCUGACGAUGCGCCCGCAACACCAACCACCAUCCCCUACGACUUCCUAGUUCUCGCCACGGGGACGCAGCUGACCCCACCCGGCGUGCCUCCCGCUACCAAUCACGGCGGCACAACAAAGCGCGAGGGGGUCGCAUACUACCGCGCGCACCAGGAGCGCGUGCGCAGUGCUGAAUCUAUCGUCAUUGUUGGAGGAGGAGCGGUCGGCGUGCAAUUAGCCACCGACCUGAAAGAGCACUACCCGAACAAGCAUAUCACUCUGAUCCACUCGCGCGCGCGGCUAAUGCACACCUUCCACCCAAAGCUCCAUGCUAUCAUCAUGCAGCGCGUAAACGACCUCGGCAUCGACGUAGUACUCGAAGAUCGCGUCAUCGUUCCGGAGGGCGGUUUUCCUGGCGCUGUCCAACUUGGAGCAGAUGACCACGAUUCGAAGCCGUUUGAGGUAGCGCUGCGCAGCGGGCGCGCGAUUUCAAACGUUGAUUUUGUCAUCCUCGCGACAGGCCAAACCCCGCAGCCCGUGCCCAUCUCUGUUUCGUGUCAUUCUGACCCCGAAUCUUCCACACCGACCCCCAUUGCAAUUCCCGCAUCCGGCUACAUUCCCGUCCUGCGCACCUUCCAACUCGCGCAGCCCGCAGACUCAACACGCGUCGCGCACCCGCAUAUCUUUGCCAUAGGCGACGCCGCCGCGACACCCCACCAAAAAGCCGCGCGGCCGGGGUUCGCACACGCCGAGAUCGUAUCGCGCAACAUCGAGGCGCUCAUCCUCGCGAACGCAAACCCAAGCCUUGAUCAAAGCAAAUCCGGGGACCUGAAGCUCGAAGAGUACGGCGAGCUACCAGGCGGGAUCCACCUGUCGCUCGGGAAGAGACAUAAUGUUCGCUUCCGCGAGUCUGAAGAGCCUGGCGGCGAGCCGUGGUACAAACUUUCAGAGGAUGGGGCGGCGGAUAUGCGCGUGAGGAAGCUGUGGGAAGCGCGCGCGCCUGGGAUCGUGGAUUAUACCCUCUGA